CGACGCAUCAUCCAACCUCUGACGGCGACUCAAGCAUGGCUGCUGGGUCGCUGAACGCUGUUGCUGCUUGUUAUGUUACACCUUUUUCGCUCCUUCGCUGUUGCUUCGCUGCUGUUACCGUGAGGUGCUUGAUUCCUGCAUCCGUGUGUUUGGAAAACGAGCCAAAGCAUUCCUUGUUCUCUUCUCCCCUUAUCUUCUUCAUGCAGUGCAUUGAAUGGCGCGGGGCUGUGUUGUGUUGUGCUUCACAUCAACUUUUGUAGUGGGAUUUGGUGUCGCUUCUUUUGGUUUUGCUUCUUGUCUUGAUUUGCGUUUCGCAUUUUGUUGAAGACGGGGCCAUGUCCUGGCUGAUCAUGGAUCUAUGACGAUGCAGACCGGACCGUGAUGCCACCGCUCGUUUUCAGCUCAUGUCUGCACCCCAUUGUCUGACGGGUUUUGGGUUUGCAUUCUGAGCACGUGCCCCAUGCCCGCCAUGCCAUGUGCCCCAUGCCGAAACGCAAUGUCAUGCAUGGGUCCAUCGGAUUGUGCUGCCUUCUGCCUUCGCUCUCGCCGCUGCUCUUCGUUUUUCUUUUUUGUUUGUUUUGUUCCAUCUCUAUUCCCAUCCAUACGCUGACUUUGGCUUGCCCUUGCUGCCAGCAUGUGUUGGUUGGUUGGUGUGCGUGUUUAUUUCUAUAUCUGAAGACCCACGGCGCGCGCCCCACACAUGUUAUGUUGGCUUGCUCUCUGCCACUGCUGUCGUUUCCUGUGUGUCUUGUGCUGUUUCCCUGUUUCCUUGUGACCUGUUACGCCUACGUCACGGUGCCACAAACCCUUUUCUUCCUCCUCGCGCUCGCUCCCAAGGUGGUGGCUGCGCGGAUGCGUCACAUGGCACGUCAUGCCACGCGUGACGUCACGUGGUUGUGUCAUGCAUGGUUGGUUGGUUGGUGCUUGGCCACUGUGUUCAUUGUGUCUCAACAUGUAACACCAACAUAAAAACAUCAUUUUCCACCA